AUGACUAUUACUCUUGACGACGUCAGGGGUCUUUUGAGCAUCCCAUGUACUGGAGAGUUUUUCACACCUCCCGCAAAUGUCAAUGAAGAUUUGGCAAUUGCUGCUGCUGUUGAGUUGUUGGGAGUUGCAUAUGAUGAAGCUGUCAUUGAGACUAAGACCAAUAGAGGAGCCUCGUAUAGUUUUGAGUGGUUGAAAAAGGUAUUUUUUAAGAAACUUCAUGAACGAAUAUAUGAUUGUGCAGCUAGGGCAUAUCUACUUCAUUUCGUAGGGUGUACCAUUCUUGCUGAUAAAAGUUUUACACUUGUAUCUGCAAAAUAUCUCUUUCUGUUUCAAGAUCUUGAUAGUUGUGGUAAAUGGGCAUGGGGACCGGCUGCACUUGUUGUGUUAUAUGACUAUCUUAGAGAUAGUACAUUGCCUGCAACCAAACAUAUUGGAGGAUAUUUAUCUUUAUUUCAGAUUUGGAUUUAUGAACAUUUUCCUGAUAUUUGUAAACGGGAUAUGGAUGAACAUAUUUUCUCGAUGCCACGAAUGUUUCGUUGGACUGCAAAACAAACAUCUGGGAAUGUUGCAUAUUACAGGGCAAAGUUGGAUGCUUUGAGGGAUACUGAUAUUAUCUGGGCACCGAAUUACGAUGAGAACGCUGUGACACGAUUUCAGUCUGUGUCAUUAUUUACAGGAUACAUUCGUUGGUGUUUCACGAUGGUUCCGUAUUUACCCGAGAUGUGCAUACGACAGUUUGAGUAUACUCAACACAUUCCUCCUACACCACCGAUGCUUGUUGCACGUGAUGUCGACAUUGAAUGGAGUAUGUACCGGAAUUCUAUGAUCCCUUAUGUUGCUGCAUAUGCUGGUCCUAGUCAUGAUGUUGGUCCCGAUACUAGGUGUCACGCAGUUGGUGGUCUUAUACAGCAGAGUUUAGAUUUGCAUAUGGGUGGUCUUGAAGAUCAGAUGUGUGUCUUAUUAGAGAUAGCUUUACACAUUUCUAGAGGAGGAGAUUAUCAAUAG